UUUUAAUAUUAAACUUUUUUUUCAGUUGUCUGAUCAGUGAUCUAUGAAAUCGCAUAGACAUGGCGAAAAACAGGAACAAGAAGAAGAGAAACGGUGUCGCUUCAAUGGACGUCAACGAAGGAACUGUUCUUGAGCUUCCUCAAGUUUUUGGCUUAUUUACAGCAAUGGACACUUCAGAGACUGGAGUUCAAAAGCCUGGUUCUGCAACUCCAAAACUAAAGACAAAAAAGGGAAGACACAUGAAGAGAUCGAAAAAUGUUCGUAAGGCGAAGUCUGUGGAAAAGGCUAUUGCUAAGAACGAGAAGUAUGCCGAGAAAAACUCCAAGGUCGAGAACAAGAAAUCAAGAGUUCAAUCAGCUAAACUACUGUUAAGUAUUUUUAAGAGUUUUACUGCCAAAUGAUCUUGGUUUGCCGUCUUUUCUAAUCC